AUGCAACAUCAUAUUCUCGCGCUCACCGCCGCCAAGUGCACAGGGAGCCAGCACGCCCAGAAGACAACAACGCAGUGGUGGCUUGCUCCGCCGUCAGACCAUCUGAUUAGCCUUUCUCCCUGCGGCGGGCCGUGCCCGUGCAAUGCCUCGCCGGCGGCUGUCUACGCAUCAUCAAAGGCGCCGCGCCUCGGUCUACACCACCAGGAUCCCCGAACAGACAGGAGGCAAGUCACCGGUGUGUUGACCAUGUGUGCCUGCUCGGCACCGAGUGCGGGGAAGUCGGUACCUGCCUCGCCAGGCGCCGUCCCGGCGCCCAAAGAUCCAAGCGUCAAGGCCUCGGCAUCCAUGGCUGGCUCUGGCGCGAGGCCUGCCAUGGAUGCUCGCGGAGACAACAAGGCCCAGCCGUCCCCCGCUACACUUGAUGCAUUUCUCCAUCACGUGGGACGUCACGACGGCGGCGCGACAGGCCCGAACCGGCCGCUGCCGUCCGCCCGCGACACGCCCACGGCACGCACCAGCCCACACCCGGCGCGCCGCGGCAGCAGCGGCUCCGAGCCGUCCUCCACGGCCGGCUCGAGCCCGGAACUCGACAUGGACGGCUCCACGGUUGUGGACCCGGACGAGGAGGGCCUGUCAGACCCGGGCGGCGACGACGAGGUCGAGCGGCAGAAGCGCCAGGCCGCCAAGAGCGGAAAGGCCGUGUGGACGCGCUACUGCGACGUGCAGCCCCUGACCCGGCCCGCCGCCGCCACCGCACCCGCGCCCGAGAAGCCAUCCACCGGUGAUGGGGACGGCGGCGGCGGCGGCUACUACGACGCCGAGCCCGACGAGAAGGCGAGGCGGGACUGGGAGGCGGCGCAGGAGCGCGAGAUGGAGCGCUGGGCUCUGGGCAACAUGAUCGACUGCGGCUGGGAGGACUGA